CGCAAGGUGCUCACGUUUAAAAACAUAUGGGAAAACAUUUUUUAAAUUUUAUUCUUUUUUUCUUUUCUCUCGUUAGUUUUAAUCAUUCCACACUCUCUAAAAGCGACAAAAAGACACCAAAACCAAGUGACACAAAUGUGAUUAAAUCAUCGAAAAAAUCAGUGUAUGAAAGAAAAUUGGUUGAUGAUAAUUUAGACAUUCCUAAAAUUAUAAAAAAUUAUAAUGUAUAUUGUAAAAGUGAUAAGUGUUUAGCAAAACAUUUUCCUAAUGAUGUAUUGGCAUAUAUCACACCAUGGAACACUCAUGGAUUUGAUGUUGCAAAAACUUUUCCAAAAAAAUUUUCUUAUUUAUCCCCUGUAUGGUAUCAAAUUUUACCAAAAUGUAAAAUUCAAGAUGGCAAUAACACAAAAAUUAAUUGGUUAAAAGAUAUGCGAAAAUUAAAUGAUAAAAUUAAAAUAGUUCCAAGAUUUCUAUUUGAUGGUUGGGACAAACAUCUGUUAAAAGCCUUAUUUACGAAUGAGAAAGACAUGCAGAAUUGCAUUGAUAUUUUAAUAGAUACUCUAGAUUUAUAUGAAUUUGAUGGUGUGGUACUUGAAAUUUGGAAUGCUGAAACAGUUUCGAUGAAAGAUGACAUGAUCCAUUUUAUUCAUCAUUUGUCCACCUCGUUGCAUUUAAUGAAGAAAGAGAUUGUUCUUGUGAUACCUCCACCCUUUUACGACGAGAAAACACCUGGUCUAUUUCAACGAGACGACAUGGAUCAUCUCAAAUCUUUUAUCGAUAGAUUUAGUGUUAUGACCUACGAUUACGCCACAAAUGUUAGAAGCGUUGGACCAAACAGUCCAUACAGCUGGAUAAAAAAAUGCGUGGAAUUCCUGGUAGAUGAUGAAGAUGUCGUAACGCGAAGAAAAUUAUUUAUCGGAACUAAUUUUUACGGUUACGAUUUUAGCAUCAGUGAAAUAUCUAAAAAUGAUCCUUCUAAACAUAAUAAGGAUAUCGAGAUAAUAAAACCAGUUAUAGCUCACAAUUACAUCGAAGUCUCGAAAGCCUACGAUCCGAAAUGUCAUUGGGCUGAAGAUUGGCAGGAACACAUUUGCCGAUAUUCUAAUGUAAACAACGAUGUUAGAGCUAUGUUUUACCCGUCCCUAUACUCUAUCGCACAAAGAAUCAAGCUUGCCGAAGAAUUAAACGUUAAUUUAGCUAUAUGGGAAAUUGGCUGAGGGCAAAUGUGGGACAUGAUUGACAUUUUUAAUGAUGCCCGUUGAAAAAGAAUUGUUGAUGCAAAUAGAACUGUAAUAUUUGUUUAAUGCGCCAAAGUUGAGAGAUAAUUUAAAAUUUACUAGCUUAAAAAUUAUACAAUAUUCGUUUAAUUCAUUAUUUAAAUUCUAUUUGGGAAACUAUAUUUGCAA